AUGGCUAAUUUUGAUAGCGACGUACAAGAUUAUUAUAGCAAAGAAUUAAAGAAUUCAGAUUCUGAUUUGAAAACACGUACAAGAGUAUCAAUGCCGAAUUUUAUCAAAAAUAUUCAAAAGGAUAUUCAUCCAGAUGUUCAAGCAAAAUACUAUGGCUGUGGACUUGUUUUUCCUCCAAAAUUAGAAAAGUGUAAAGUUUUGGAUUUGGGAUGUGGUUCAGGUAGAGAUGUUUUUAUAUUAUCACGUCUUGUUGGCCCAGAAGGUUAUGUAGUUGGGAUCGAUAUGAUGAAAGAGCCGAUUGAUGUUGCUCAUCGCCAUACUGAUUAUCACAUGAAAAAAUUUAAUUACAAAGUGCCAAAUGUCGAGUUUAUAGAAGGAAAAAUCGAAAAUCUAACAAAAAUUGGUUUAAAUGAAAAUUUUUUUGAUGUUGUUGUUUCUAAUUGUGUCAUCAAUUCGACGCCUGAUAAGAAAGUAGUCUUUGACGAAGCAUGGAAAGUACUUAAGCCGGGUGGAGAGUUUUACCUUUGUGAUGUGUAUGCCGAUCAAAUGCUACCUGAUGAAUUACGUACCAAUAAGGUUCUUCGGGAACAAUGUCUGGCAGGAGCUAUUAAAUGGGAAGAUUUGAUUCUCCAUGCAACUGAAGCGGGUUUUACACAACCACGACUCAUUACAGCCAAACCAAUCGAUAUUACUGAUCCUGAUAUAGAGAAAUUAGUUGGAGAUAUUCGUUUUGUAACCGCUACAUUUCGUUUAUUCAAAAUUCCGAUGAAUGAAGAUGAAUUGGAUAUUCCAUAUUUAUUAACAUAUGAAGGCGAAAUUCCAGGUUUUGAAUCCGCAUUUUCAUUUGAUAAUACAAUAACAUUUAAACGUGGAGAAAUGGUAUCAUGUGGUCCAACUUUAGCUUCUGCUAUAUUAUAUUCACGUUAUAAAGAUAAUUUUGGCUUCGAACCAAUUGACAAUACAAAACAUUUUGAUGGAACAGUUGUUGUUGUUGAAGAACAAGAAACAUUAUUCAGAGACGACGGUGUCACGGAAACUACGCAACAUUCAUACAUUAUUACUGAAUAUGAUGAUGAUGUAGCCGAUAAAAGACAUUCGAAAUCAUCAUCAGUUACAACCGACAAUUCCACUACCGAACCUUCUUUACCAAAUUUUAUCAGUACAUGGAACGGUGGUUAUUCAAUAUUUUUUGUUCGUGUUGGUAGUCGUACAUAUAAACAUCGUACCGAUCAGAUCAUGGAGACAAUCAAUACAUUUAGUGCAUAUAAUAAAAAGAUCAACAAAGUUCCUACGGCUGCUCCAGCCGUUUUGUAA